AUGACUUCAGUGACCAUAUUUGGGAGUUCGAAGAGACACCAGAAUUUUCUUUUGGGGUUAAUGACAAGCAAGAAGAGGCUGAUGGAGUAUCUGAGGAUGAUGGAGUAUCAGGGGAACGAUGAGCAAGGAUCCAAAACUGAUGAAGAUGGUCCCAAGAAUGAUAAAGAAGAUGGGAGUGAUGAAGAGUUUCAAACUCCAAGAGGAACAGCGAACACAAACUCCGAUGGUAGAAAGGGAAAGAAGAGGCUCCCGGAUCGUGGAAUGGAAAAAAGGAAGCAAAAGGUUCUCUGUUCUAGCGCCAAACAGACGCCGUUUAAUGAGGGUAUGAAGAGCUUUGUGGCCCAGUUGUUUCAGCAGAAUUUUUCUGCAAUGGAAGAGAGGCUAGAGAAACAGAUGGGUGAAAGAUUUGAGAAAUUACAGUCUGAGCUUAGAGGGUCGGUUAAGGAUUCAACCGUGGAUGCAACCGUAGAUGCUACAGAGGAUGAGAUUAUGAGUGAAGCAGAAGAUAUGGACAUAGGGAUAGGUACCCAAGGCCUCGAAGACCUUUCCCAGGCCUCAAACGUGCCAGAACCUACCAAUAAGGUUGUCCUUAGACCAGCUCCAUCCAAACCUCUAAACUGA